ACUAUUAGUCCUCUAAUUCCUCAUGGCUCCCACAGAGCUUAGCUACUCCCAUUUCUGUUUUCUGUUUUCUUUCUCACUAGAAUAAAACGGCUCUUCAAUCACUUUGUAAUUGAAAUCUCCUGUGAGGACUUUGAUUUCUUGAUUGGAGCCUCCAGACUUCUGGUAAGAGAAUUCCUGGUGAAUUCUGGGUAAUGGAAUUCUAUGAAAUACAAAAGUCUCAUGCCUACCCAUACCAUCAAUGGUAACAAGCUUCUAUCCAGGUGGUGGAGGAAAACGUGGACCCAGAAACCACUCUACUAACAUACCUUCGACGGAAACUGGGCUUAUGCGGAACCAAACUGGGUUGUGGAGAAGGUGGAUGCGGUGCCUGCACUGUUAUGAUCUCCAAGUUUGAUCGCUUCCAAAAGAAAAUUGUGCACUAUUCUGCAAAUGCUUGUUUAUUCCCUAUUUGUGCCCUCCAUCAUGUUGCAGUAACUACUGUUGAAGGCAUAGGAAGCACAAAGACGAGGCUGCAUCCAGUACAGGAAAGAAUAGCAAAAAGCCAUGGGUCACAGUGUGGUUUCUGCACUCCUGGGAUUGUCAUGUCCAUGUACACACUACUUCGUAAUCAAUCAGCACCUAAAAUAGAGGAGAUUGAAGAUGCUUUUCAAGGCAACCUAUGCCGCUGUACAGGAUACAGGCCCAUUCUCGAGGGGUACCGGACAUUUGCAAAGGAUUGGGGAUGUUGUGGAAAAAAGGUUAAUGGCCAAGAUUGCUGUAUGGCUGGAAAGGAAAACAAUGUGCAGAAUGGGUGGUGCUGCAAAGACAAAGUCAAUGGCUCAAGUUGUUGCAUGAAUGAAAAAGAUAACACAGGACUGAUUUCCUCAACUCUGUUCACGCCAUCUCAAUUCCAGCCUUUAGACCCCACACAGGAACCUAUAUUCCCACCAGAGUUGUUGACUCACAAUAAUAAACCACAAAAGCAGCUGUGUUUCAAAGGCGAGCGUGUGAUGUGGUUUCAGCCCACAACCCUCAAGGAACUGGUGGCCCUCAAAGCCCAGUACCCGAGUGCUAAACUUGUCAUUGGGAACACGGAAGUGGGUAUUGAAAUGAGGUUAAAGAACAUGCUGUACCCUGUCAUAAUAGCCCCGACAUGGAUCCAAGAAAUGAACUUUGUUCAGCACACAGAGGAGGGUAUCCAGUUUGGUGCUUCCUGCACUCUGAGCCAUGUGGAAGAGGUUCUGAGGAAAGCAGUGGCUCAGCUGCCUCCAUAUAAAUCUGAGGUGUUCCAGGCUGUUCUAGAACAGCUGAGGUGGUUUGCAGGACCUCAAAUCCGAAAUGUUGCUGCUCUUGGGGGAAAUAUAAUGACUGCAAGUCCAAUCUCAGACCUAAAUCCAGUGUUAAUGGCAAGUGGGAGCAAACUGACUUUGGUGUCAAAUGAAGGAAGUAGGACUAUAGAAAUGGAUGAAACAUUCUUUACCGGUUAUAGGAAGACUAUACUAAAGCCUGAGGAAAUACUGCUGUCUGUUGAGAUUCCCUUCAGCAGGAAGGGGGAAUAUUUCUCAGCAUUCAAGCAAGCUUCACGGCGAGAAGAUGAUAUUGCCAUUGUGACCUGUGGGAUGAGAGUCCUGUUUCAUGAUGGAACUGAUCGCAUACAGGACAUUAAACUGAGCUAUGGAGGAAUGGCUCCGACCACUGUGCUAGCUAUCAGGACAUGUGAGGAGCUCAUUGGAAGGGAGUGGAAGGAAAAUCUGCUGCAGGAAGCCUGCCGUGCGCUAGCUGAUGAGAUGAAUUUGUCCCCUUCAGCACCGGGUGGAAUGGUGGAUUUCCGACGAACUCUUGUGCUCAGCUUCUUCUUUAAGUUCUAUCUCACUGUGCUUCAGAAGUUACACAAGGAACUCAACGGCAAUAAUAAUCUGGGUGAUGUGGUACCUGAACGGUAUGCAAGUGCCAUUGAUUUAUUUCAUAAGGACCCUGCUCAUAACGUGCAGCUUUUCCAAGAAGUGCCACCUGGACAAUCCGUUGAAGAUACUGUGGGACGACCCCUGAUACAUCUUUCAGCUGCCAAACAAGCAAGUGGAGAAGCAGUUUAUUGUGAUGACAUACCUCACUUUGAGAAUGAACUCUACUUAACACUAGUUACCAGCACAAAAGCCCAUGCUAAGAUCAUUUCCAUCGACAGCACAGAGGCCCAGAAUGUGCCUGGCUUUCUGUGUUUUGUCUCUGCUAAGGACGUUCCUGGGAGCAAUAUAACUGGGAUUGCCAACGAUGAGCUCAUUUUUGCAGAGGACACUGUCACGUGCGUGGGCCACAUUAUUGGUGGAGUAUUGGCAGACACGCAAGAGCAUUCUCGAAGAGCAGCUAGAGCAGUGAAAGUCACAUAUGAAGACCUUACUCCUAUUGUCACCAUUGAGGAAGCAAUUGAGAAACAGUCAUUUUUUAAGCUGGUAAGGAAGAUCGAGAAAGGAAAUGUCCAGAAAGGAUUUGAAGAGGCUGAUCAUAUUGUAGAUGGGGAGAUCUAUAUUGGCGGACAAGAGCAUUUUUAUCUGGAGACUCACUGCACAAUUGCUGUGCCCAAAGAAGACGGAGAAAUGGAGCUCUUUGUAUCUACCCAGAAUUUAACAAAAACCCAGGACUUUGUUGCCAGUGCCUUGGGGGUCCCAUCAAAUCGGAUUCUGGUUCGAGUGAAGAGAAUGGGAGGAGGUUUUGGAGGAAAAGAGACAAGAAGCACUAUUGUAUCUACAGCAGUAGCAGUGGCUGCAGUUAAGACUGGUCGCCCGGUACGAUGCAUGCUGGAUCGAGAUGAAGAUAUGCUGAUUUCUGGGGGAAGACAUCCUUUUUUGGGACAGUACAAGGUUGGCUUCAAGAAGAAUGGAAAGAUUACUAGUCUAGAAGUGUCAUAUUACAGCAAUGGAGGGAAUUCAGCUGAUCUGUCUCACGGAGUCAUGGACAGAGCUAUCCUUCACAUGGACAAUUCAUACAACAUUCCAAACAUCAGAGGCAUAGGGAAAGUCUGCAGAACCAACCUGUCCUCCAACACAGCAUUCCGUGGGUUUGGGGGUCCCCAGGGGAUGAUGGUUACAGAGUGCUGGAUGAGUGAUGUUGCCUCAACAUGUGGGCUUCCCGCAGAAGAGGUGCGAAAGCUCAAUCUCUAUAAUGAAGGAGAUCGGACUCAUUUCAAUCAAAAGCUAGAAGGAGUCACCUUGCGAAGAUGCUGGGAUGAGUGCCUGAAAACCUCAGACUAUCACUCCCGAAGGAAACUCAUUGAUGAGUUCAACAGGCAAAACCGAUGGAAGAAGAGAGGCAUGGACAUUAUUCCAACCAAAUUUGGAAUCAGCUUCACAAUUCCCUUCCUCAACCAGGCUGGUGCCCUGGUACAUGUGUAUACAGAUGGUUCGGUGUUGCUGACGCACGGUGGGACUGAAAUGGGCCAGGGCCUACACACCAAGAUGAUCCAGGUGGCCAGCAGAAGUCUGGGGAUACCAACUUCAAAGAUCUAUAUCAGUGAGACAAGCACCAAUACCGUGCCCAACGCAUCUCCAACUGCUGCUUCUGUCAGUGCCGAUAUCAACGGGAUGGCUGUUUCAAAUGCUUGUCAGACUAUCCUAAAGAGAUUGGAACCCAUCAAAGCUGCCAACCCAAAAGGAUCCUGGGAAGACUGGGUGUUAACAGCCUACCAUAGUUGUGUCAGUCUGUCGGCAACUGGAUUUUAUAGAAUUCCUGGCCUUGACUAUGACUUUGAAAAGAAUGAAGGAACAGCCUUCUUGUACUUUUCUUAUGGUGUUGCUUGUUCUGAAGUUGAGAUAGACUGUCUUACUGGUGACCACAAGAAUCUUCGCACAGACAUUGUGAUGGAUGUUGGCAACAGCCUGAACCCAGCAAUAGACAUUGGUCAGGUAGAAGGAGCGUUUGUCCAAGGAGUAGGGCUCUUUACUCUAGAGGAGCUGCGCUAUUCCCCAGAAGGCAACUUGUACACCCGGGGUCCAGGAAUGUACAAAAUCCCUGCUUUUGGUGACAUACCAGCAGAGUUCCACGUGUCGCUUCUACGGGACUGUCCAAACAGCAAAGCCAUUUAUUCUUCCAAGGCUGUUGGUGAACCUCCCUUAUUCCUGUCAGCCUCUGUGUUUUAUGCCAUUAAAGACGCCAUCGCAUCUGCCCGGGAGGAAUCAGGACUAAAAGGCCCAUUCAGAUUAGAUAGCCCAGCCACUCCAGAGAGAAUACGCAAUGCUUGUGUUGAUAUCUUCACAAAAAUGUGUCCAACGGCUAAACCAGGCACCUUCAAGCCAUGGUCUGUGAGAGUAUGAAAGAAGUAAUUGCAAGAAACCUGUCUCUGGUCAUUAAGCUGGUUUUACUUCAAGGGGCCAAAAGAAAUCAGAGGCUCACUGUUGAAAACAGAUCUCUAUUCCUGCAUCUGCCCAGCUGAUUCAUGAAGCUUUAUAAUUCAAGUGGUGAAUCAUCAGUUGCCUAAGAAAACAGUUAUUGUUGAUGGAUUAUUGUUGUUGUUUAGUCGUUAAUUCGUGUCCAACUCUUCGUGACCCCAUGGACCAGAGCA